UAAGGCGCUGCAUCAAAUGCAAGGAUUAUUAUUAAUAAUAAUCAGCUGCUCGCUCCCAGGGCCAUGUGAGGUGGGAUCAGCACACGCACAAACACGUGGCUGGCACUGCGGAAUUCCCUGUCCAGCCACACAAGUGAGUAUUUAAGGUUCCUAAAACAAAAUCAGGAAGUAUGUGUUUGGGUGGGAGGCUGCACAGCAAUAUAAAGAGACACUGUCAGCGUGAGAGACUCUGAAUCACAGCUUCUCACAUUGACCAACACUGAGUAACGCAGCCUCAGGAAUGAUCAUCAAACAAAACUCCUCGCUUGGGCCACGAGGUCUGCUUGCCCACUCGCUGGCCCUGCUGAGCUGCCUCCUCAUUACCUGGGUUUCAGGAGAGCUCAGCCAACCUCUCGCUCCGAAAAUCCUUAUCCCACGUCACAAGCUGUUCACAGCUCAACUGGGUCAAUAUCUGGAGGUGCCUUGUCAAGCCCUCACCAGCUUCUCUGACAGUUUCUCCACAAUAAUUUAUUGGCUUGCCAACCAGGAAUUCAUCGAAGAUAAGUUUACAGACAUGAGAGUGAGAGAGAGCAAUGAGAGUUUCCACACUAAAAAUGGACAAAACUUUGUCAAGAGGAACCUGCUUUUCACCCAGAUCAAGUCUGAAGAUUUCCACACCAACUUCACCUGCAUUGUCAUGAACCCAGAGGGCGUCUCAGUGCAAUCUCUCCAUUUAGUGAAACACCAGCUGCCCUGGCCAUCUGCAAGACAGGCGUCUGUUAAAAUGCGAGAAUAAGUGCUCAGAACAACAUCUGUCAGAACAAAGCAAUCAACUGCUGUCAGCAAAGAAAAUAGUCCAUGGUAUGCAGGGACACUCUGCCAAGGCAUAGAAAGAUCACCUUCAACUUGAUCACCCUGAGAGCUUCAUGGUGUAGAGAUUAAAGAGCUCUGGCACUUUCCUGCCUGAGCGGCGCUGUCUAGAUGCUAAUUGUUGUUGUGGUUGUUCAUAAUAAACCGGUGUAUUGUAGAGAUUAAUAAA